CCCGCAAACACGCGAUGUGGAUAAGUGAACCCUGCAUGGUAACGAAGCGGAGCAGUAUUUUAAAAUUGAUUGAGUUCAUUGUUUUCUUGAUCUAGCUCGCGGUGGCUGAUCGACUUGAGUUUUGAUCGGUGUGCCAGAAAAAAGAGGUGCAGCAUGUCGGCGAAAAAGAAGAGUACGAAGAAUCCGUUGAAUCUAACCCUGCCCGCACAACCUGUGGAACCGACUGUCGAAAUUCAACCAGAUGCAGAAAAACCGAGCACUAAUGCUGAAGACACGUGUUUUGAUGAGCUGCUUCGCAAACUUGAAGAGCUUGAAAUGGACGACGCUCAACGGAAACGAAUGGAGGUGUUUCUUGUUCAAAAAAGGAAAGUCGGAGAUUUGUGUGCUGAAGAUUUUGAAAAGCUUGGGGAGCUCGGUGCGGGUAACGGUGGAGUUGUUCUCAAAGUACGGCAUAAACCGAGCAAUUUCAUCAUGGCGAGGAAGCUGAUUCACUUGGAGGUCAAGCCUGCCAUCCGAAAUCAAAUCAUUCGUGAGCUCAAAGUAUUGCAUGAGUGCAAUUCACCGCACAUCGUUGGAUUUUACGGAGCAUUUUACAGUGAUGGAGAAAUCAGUAUCUGUAUGGAAUAUAUGGAUGGUGGUUCGUUGGACCUGAUCUUGAGACGUGCUGGACGAAUCCCGGAAGACAUCCUCGGAAAAAUAACUGCAUCUGUUCUCAAAGGAUUGCGAUAUUUGCGCGAAAAGCACCAAAUUAUUCAUCGCGACGUGAAACCAUCAAACAUUCUUGUCAAUAGCCGUGGAGAGAUAAAAAUUUGCGAUUUCGGGGUUUCGGGGCAGCUGAUUGACUCGAUGGCGAACUCCUUUGUGGGGACUAGGAGCUACAUGUCUCCUGAAAGGCUGCAGGGAACAAAUUACUCGGUGCAAAGCGAUAUUUGGUCUUUGGGAUUGUCUUUGGUUGAAAUGGCUUUGGGAAUGUAUCCAAUUCCUCCUCCGGAUCCGAGCAGCUUGAAGGCUAUUUUUGGUAGCAGGUAUACGGAAUCUGUUGAACCCCAGAAUUCUUCUGGACCUACCCGUUCUCCACAUGCAACCACUACGUCUACUGUUCCUGGAGCAGAGCCUCGUCCCAUGGCAAUAUUCGAAUUGCUUGAUUAUAUUGUUAAUGAACCUCCACCCCGUUUGCCUUCGGGGGUAUUUUCGGCCGAUUUUAAGGAAGUUGUGGAUAUCUGUUUGAAGAAGAAUCCUGCGGAAAGGCCUGAUUUGAAGUCCUUGAUGAAUCAUGCUUGGAUUCGAAAGUGGGAUGCUGCCAACGUUGACAUUGCAGGAUGGGUUUGCAAGACGAUGGACUUGCAGCCAUCAACGCCAACAAGGAUUGGGGCUGACCUGUAAAAUAUGACAUUUGAGAUGGAUCUCCUAAUUUCUUCUGUAGAUCUCGAAUGGUCCUUAUGGCUUAACUUUCUAGUGUUGCAUCAGCCCCAGUCGUUCUGAUGUUUGUUUUUUCGUCUUUUGUAGCAUUUUUUUAGGUUGCUCCUUCAAUUUUGAAGUUUUUGUUAGGAUUGAUCGAUCGUAAAGUGUUGGGGUGAUCAUGCACAAAAAAUUGGUUGAGUAAUCCGAAAAAUAACUUUGCUUUCGUGGAAGUACUGUCAUCAAUGAAAUAGCUUUCGGGAGGAAACUGUGAAAAUAUUGUACUUGAUUAAUUGGGAGUUCAUCGUAGGUGGAAUGAAAUUGAAUAGCUUUUGGUGGAUGCAGUUCGAAGUUUUUGGAUAUUCCGGGGGCUUGGAGGCUUGAAUGACGCUGAAUUGUUUCCUCUUUUCUUUUUGGCUGUGGAAGUUUCUUUGUGGGGCCCAGAACGCGUUGUGUGGCGAUUUUCGAAACAAAUACUUAUCGGCAAUUCUUUCCUUUCUAUGUACGUGUCGGUUCCGGUGGAAAACUUGCAUCAUGCGAAACAUUUUCCACCGUAUUUGUUUGUUGUGAGUUCGGACUCGGCUGCGUGGUUUUAUCUCGUUACCGUGAACUCUCAUUUUCUAACUUGCUCCGUAGAAUUCAACUUUCCCGCAAGAAAAAUCGAUUCCGGUUUCUCACAGUAUUUACUGUACAGUACCUCCUCUUCCUGCAUCUACCCAACUGAUGGUACCGUAUAAGUGCAGCAUCUACAUCUUGUGUAUCUUCAACUAACCUUUUGCUUGCAUUUCGGUUCUUUUGGUCUAAGGUUAUAUACCGUAUCUACUCGAGUACCAUGCGCAAUCAAGUAAAACGCACACCUAAAAUGUUUGCCGUAGAAUUUGACAAAAAAAAACCUACUCCGUGUAUGACGCGCCCCCAAGUUUUUGGCUAUUUCAAAAUUUGUUUCUUCAAAUACUGUAAUCAACUUUUACCUGAACGAUCGUGUAAAUAAUCAUAACUUGAUGCAAUAUGUGAACCAAACGUAAUUUUUCGUUCAUUCUUUUCUCCUUCGAAGACUUCUACGACUAGCACGACAGGUUCUACGAUUUUCUUUUUUUUUAAUGUGUACCCGCAUACCACGCGCACCCAUUUUUUUGCCUUAAAUUUGCAGAAGAGAAGUGCGCGUAUUACUCGGGUAAAUACGUAUUGCCCUGAAGAACCUUAAUCGAUGAAAGUGUUCGACGUCAUUUUUCAUUGAGCUUAACUCAGAAAGAAUUAAAAAUUGUGGGCAACGGCAUUUUAGAAAAAUAUCAGAAAUUUAUGCUGUACCUCUUUCAUUGUUAUGGUUGUCGGCCGGUGCAAAAGUGCUUUUUAUCUCGUGUUUUAUGCAAAUUAUGUGCAUUAAUUAACCAUGAAAACUUGGCGCGAGAUUUCAUUCUUGUUAGAUGAAAAUUUGUCAUGAUUUUUCGGUAAGUCAGGUAAAUCAUACAGGUAUUUGGAAGAAAUUCGCGAAGGAACAUUAAAUUUACUGGGUGUAGAUGCUGCACUAACAUAUUCAAAAAGUAUAUGUCAUGUUGAAACAGCAUCAAAACUCGAAACAUCACCCGAUUCUGCUCAUAUUUCAUGAAUUUUUGUGUAGCUUUCUUCUUCAAUGCGGACAUAUUUUCAAUAGAUGUUUGAUAGCGUGCAAUUCGAAGGUUUAUGUUGGAGUGUUAUGUACUAUGAACAAAGCCUGGAUAGGCGGAGACGAGUCGUUAAAAGUCCGGAUAACCUUUUUAGACUGAUCGACCGGACUAGGAUGGGGCUUCAGUAUUUCGCGAUUCAUUCGUACUGGUCUAUUAUGCUGCUGCAGUAAACUGAUGGUUUUUCUUGCGUUUGUGAGUGUCGGUAGAGGUAGUGCGUUGAGAGAGAUCUCCUGGUGUUGCGUUUGAUCAAGCGUGAGCGUAGGCGAACCGCCAUUAAGCUUGUAUUUUUGUGGGUGUCCGCGUAUGCUCAGUUUUCGGUGUUGCUCGGAUGACGAGACUGCACGUAGGCUAGUGUGCAGAGUUCCCUGGGAAUCACUUUCCGUGGUUAGUUUUGCGAGAACGAGCAUUCCUUUUCUUCGCUGAUUGUAGAAUUGAACGCACCAUUCAAGAGGCAAUUUGUUCACCUGUAUUGUACUUUUGUUGCGAUGUGAAAAAAGGAAUGAAUUGAUUGCCUGUGUGUGAAUUGAUUCGAACUGUGAUUUGAAACUAUUUGUUUUUGUUGGUCCUUGAAACUUACGAGUGUCGUCCGUGGCUUACUUCCGUUCUCCACCUUGUCGAGUUAUACAUAUGUAUGUUUGUCAAAGAGUCAUCAAAUAGGAUGCCUUCACGUCAA